AUGACAGAGAUUGCUCCCAAGACUGUCACAUAUUGCGAAGUUUGCUCGUUUCCCCCUGAAUACUGCGAGUUUGGAGGCCAGUUCAAAAAGUGCAGAGAGUGGCUCAGUCAAAACCACAAGGAGAUUUUCGAAAAGUUGUACAGUGAUGAAGCGUUGGCCAACGCAACCCUGACGUUGUCGAUCGAGAAGGAAGAGAAAAUCCACAAGGACUUGGAGAAGAAGCAGGCAAAGGAGGAGGCCAAGGCGGAGCGGGAGUUGAAGAAGAAGCUCGCCUCAAAGGUGGUUAUCAAGAGGAUCGAGAGAAACAGAAGGAAGCACGUCAUUUCCAUCGGUGGCUUAGAGGUGUUCAACAUUGACAUGAAGAAAUUGUCCAAGACGUUUGCGCAGAAGUUUGCCACAGGUGCCUCGGUGGUGAAGAACGCCGAGAAGAAAGACGAAAUUGUCGUUCAGGGUGAUGUGAGCGAUGAGGCCAGGGCGUACAUUGAGAAGUUGUUAGAGGAGAAAGGCUUGGAUGAAGUCAAGGUGGAGCAGAUCGACGAUAAGAAGAAGAAGAAGCGGGAGGAGGCCGCUGCUGCUGCUGCUGCCGCCGGCGGGAAGAACUAA